AUGUCUCAACCAUCGGAGAAGUUCAUUUUAGGCGCCCAAAUGUCGCAGCAAUUUCUCGGUGAAAAACUGUUCGAAGAGAUUCGGCAGCACUCGCGAGACGAUCUGCCCAGUAAUGUCGGCUCCACCUAUAUCGCCGAAGUUUGCUUCUCGAGCUAUGCGCGUCCCGAGUUGACGUUCAGAGACCGCUCUCUGAUGAACAUUGGGAUACUGAUUGCUCUUAAUCGGCCACCAGAGCUGCGCAUCCAUAUACGGGCCGCGCUACACAAUGGGAUUUCCAGAGAGCAAAUAACAGAAGCUUGCCGGCAUGCCAUGAUCUACUGCGGAGUACCAGCCGGAAGGGACGCGCUAGGGAUUGCGAGUGACAUAUUCAACCAGAUGGACAAGGCAGAGAAGAUGACUGAGAGUGCAAAGUUGUCGUAA